UCUGGGGCAUCGGGGCACGAGCGAAAUAUAUCGACGUGCGCGGAGAAAGGUGGAGUCGACUGCAGAACUGGCAAAGAGCUGGACCCAGCCUCCAACUCCCUAUCCGCUCCACAAUCCCAACGGGCUUGCAAGGAACGUGCUCGGUUGUGAAACGCAUCGUCGCAUGCGGUUCACCGAGGUGCGGGCUGAGACGAGACAUCGAUUCACCGGUCCCUCGUACCUCCGCCAAUCAUGCAGUUGCCGAGACCAGAAAGGAGAGGCGUAGAAAAGGGGAGCCAACGUAAACGCCUGCGUGUGUCUGUCCGCAUGCGCCUCCCCUCCAUUUUUCGCCUCGGAUGGCAAGGCAGAACCUCGUUAAUUCUACCAACCAUUUGCUCCUCGGGCCCGAUUUGCCUCGCCGUCGUUGAAGCAGAGGCAGCCAGGCCACGUCAUCUCUUCGGGCCACAUCGGCCGCCUUGCCGGCAAAGCCUUACCAUCCCUGCCCGCUGCAGCCUUGAAUCCGGCAUGUGCCCCGGAAUAGAUUGCAGUUGCAUCAGGAGGCCAACCUGCCGCUUUCGUAACCGGUCGUCUGCAGGUCUCGCCGCAGCUAUUCUGGGAUUCGGUCCGAUUGCGACCAAAGGAAGUUCCCCGAUCUGCAGGCCGAAACGCCCUGAAUGCGCCAGGCAAAUUGAGGCCUUUCUAAUGUCUCAACAUUUGACGUAAUCAAAACCUGCGGCCAGGCAGACAUGGAUCCAAAUCCUGUGGCCGAAAGGAAGCACCGUGGCGGGCAGGGCGGGGGCAAUGGGCGAGGGGAGAAGAG